GCGCAGCCCGGGGGCCCGGCUCCACGAGGAUGUGGCUCCUCUUCGGCGCGGCCACUUUCUGGGGCUUGGUCCUGGCGCCAGGAUUUGGUCUGCAAAUACAGUGUUACCAGUGUGAAGAAUUCCAGCUAAAUAAUGACUGCUCUGCUCCAGAGUUCAUUGUGAACUGCACAGUGAAUGUUCAAGACAUGUGCCAGAAAGAAGUAAUGGAAAAAAGUUCUGCAGGUGAGAGCCCCUGGUUAUCUUGCUGUAGAUUCUCUCAUCCCACCCACUCGAGGAUGCAGCAGAGAGAGGAAGUGUUGCCAGUUCAAGCAGGAGCCUGGUGUUACGCGCACAGAGAAACUGGAGUUACAGCAACAAAGCCAAGGAGAGAAAAACGGAAGCUCGCAGGAGGUGUCUGAGUUCAGGUUAAACUUUAAAGGUACUCGCUCACUGCUCAGCGUAAAUUCCUGCUCAGGAGGAGGAUUCAGCAAGAGGAAUGCCCAGGAUGGAGAAAUGAAAACACAGCAAUCUAUUCUGAAUCCAAAAGCAGAGAAUUAGAGUUAAUUAGGAAACAUAUUCCAGAUGGACUUUUGCCAGCUCCACUCUGCCCUAUAAAGUGCUGCCAAGCCCUGGUUUGCCUUUCGUUAACUGUCUGCUCUCGCUUUCCUGAGUUUGUCCUCAAUAAAUUGUUUCUUUCCCUUUUAUUACUUUAAUAAUGUAGUCUCUCUCUGUUAGUA